CCACAGAUUCUAGAAUUCUGGUGCUCAGGCCACAUUGUGUGGUUGAGUUCUGUGGCGUGGCAUGAAGAAGGCGCGCGCGUGUGUGUGUGUGCGCGCGUGCCUGGGUAGCGCGCGACACGUUGGCCUGUGGACAUAAACUGCACCCGACACGAGUACAGCACCAAAACGUGCGUUGGCGCGCACCCCAAACCAUUUCUCAGCCCUCCAUCUACAUCCUUUGCCUCCCAGCAGCGGAGAUUCUUCCACACGUGAAUUUUUCCCGCACGCUCGUGCAGUGGUGAGCCUAAAAAUAAUCAGCACGCACCGACGUGUAAAAACUCGUAUUACUGUCACUUUAUCUCAAGGGAUAAUUCUGGAAACUUGUUCAACAUCUUUAAAUAACUUUUUUAUUAAAAAAAACUGGAUGAUAAGUUUGGUUUCUAAUUAAGAAAAUCCAGCUGUCGCGAGAAAAAAAAAAUAGGAAGACGGUGUGUUUGAGCGGCAACAGAUGUAUAAAAUAUAUUCCUGGGAGAGCUUCGAACUUUCUGGCAAACACUCUUCUACACCAGGAGUACUCUUACUGUCAAGCACAACGAUCUCAGAUGAUUGAGAGGACCGGUUAUCACCUUCGUCUGUCAAAAUGUUGAAUAAGUCAGAAUAAUAAACACGCCAAAUCGACGUUAGACAAAUCACAGUCGUAGAGUGAACAAGGGGAUCAAAACGUCAGCAGCAGACAGACAGCAUCAGACGGACGCCCUCGACAGUUUUCUACAAACAAUCCAUUCAUCGUCAGACUGACGGACAGGAGGAAUCAAUGAUUCCAUGUUAUCGUCUUUUAUCUCUGGCUGCCAUGGACGUCGUCAUGCAUGGUUGAACAUUUCACAGCAGCUUCACUCAGUCUGAUUCACAAGGUUCUGGACUACUUGUGUGUAAUUAGAGCUAAACGGAAAGUCGAAGUAUUGGAAGAAAGGAAUCGUGAGCAUGCGCAUCUAUUGUGGAGGAGGACUCGGUGUUCCUGACUUUGACGACCUCCAUCUCCUCGAGCAAGAAACAGUUUCAGGUGAGCUUGGGGACGACGAUGAACACAUCCAUGGCGGUGCAGGACCACAAUGCAUCGGGAGGCAACUUCACCUUCUACUCGCAGGCUGAUGAGGACGCCGCUCGUCAACUGACGGUGGCCAAGGAUAUGUUCUAUGCAUCGUACAUGUGGAUUUUUUUUCUGCUUGGUUUCCCAGGCAACAUUGCAUGCGUGGCCACAGUGCUGCGCAUGUCCACCCUGUCCACGGCCACCCUGUACGUGGCGCUGCUGGCGGUGGUCGACGCCAUCGCUUUGCUCCUCAAACUGGUCUUUCAUCAACUCAUCGUCAACAAAGUGACGCUGGGAGACGUUGGGUGCUCACUCGUCAGCUUCGUCAACAUCACCAGCUGCUACGCCAACUGGGUUCUUGUCCUCGUCUGCCUGGAGAGGUUCCUGGCUGUGUCCUUCCCUCUGAAGAAGGGUAUCUACUUCACGAAGAGGCGAGCGUGUGUCAUCGCAGCCGUCCUCUUCCUCUUCAUCUUCUUGAUCCACACCCACCUAUUCUUCAUCUUCGUCCCCUCCGGCAACACGUGUCGCUUCGGCGUGAUCUGGGGGGACGCCUGGAAGUGGAUCUCUACCCUCAUCUACUGCUUUCUUCCAUUCUUCUUUCUCCUCGUCCUCACCACCCUUAUCGUGGUGGGCCUCCGGCGAUACCAGGCGGCGCGCAAGAGCCUUUUAGGAUGCCAGACCCAGAAGCACUCUAAGAAAGACAAGCGGAAUGACAGCUGGACCUUGGAACACACCAUCAGCAUCAUGAUGGUGCUGGCUGCAGUCGUGUUCCUCGUCCUCACUCUUCCCAUCUGUGUCUUCAUCAUCUACACUGGUCUCUACCGAGAAGGAGAUAAUCCUCUGGAAAAAGCUCGGCGCCAGUUCGUGGAACAGCUGGUCUACUUCAUGCAGGACCUGACUCACGUGGUCAACUUCUAUCUCUACUUCCUGGCCGCUGACAAGUUCAGGUCAAAGUUCAAAGACAUGAUCUCUUGUCGACCUACGUUAGACCGCAAGCGCAGCGACACCAACAACAGCGUUCUCCACACGCAGUACACGCUCGCCAACUCCACGGAGAAUAUUCCCAUGAGUGAAAUCGCACUGGUAUAGUAUCAGCAAGACCACACUUGCCAACACCUCGACGAAAAAUAUUCUCACGAGGGUAAUCACGCUCGUAAAUGUUGGAGUUAAACUCGGUUCUGCCUUAGCUGAACCCUCUCCACUUCUCCUGAGAAAUUAAUGUUUUAGGUUAAGUUUCGGGGGUCGGGUAGGGAGGGUGAAAAUACUCAACACACAAUGAAACUCAACUUCUCUGUCACAAUGGCUGAUAUCAAAAUUUGAAAUGAGAAGUCGUCACGGUGUACGAAUCGGUUGAUGCGUGACCAACCUGAAAAACCAGAUUCUGGAAUUAGUGUAUUGAGGUUUUAGUGACACGACGACAGUAGCUACAGUAUUAUUGAUACCAAGAGGCCUGGAUCGUCCAAUGGUCCAGUUGUGACUCAUCAAGCAUGGCGGAUGCAGGAGUUUGUCAACAGCUCAAACAGUCGCAAGCUGCAAUAAAUCAUUGAUGAAGCAGCGGGCAAUGCUGUGAAAUUCCCACACGGAGUAUCGUUAAAUGGCGCGUGAAAAGCAGUUUGAAUAUUCCAAGAGCGUUUUCUGGUGAACAUGGCAAUACCAGGACUCGACAAAGACUCCACAUCGAACGUAUGCUAACACCUAGCCGAUCCUACAAUUUCUUGCGAAAUGUUGCCGCUAUUCAGAGAAAUUAACGGCUUACGAAAGCAAUAGUUUAGAUGAUGAAAAUGUAUGCAGGGGUGUCAUCUUCCACCAUCAUUGCUUCAUCAUCCCUUUCACGGGGGAUGCGAUCGCAAAACAUCAAAGAGUUUUGCUGGUUCAGUGAAGUUGUGCUAAGCAAGUGCAGUGAAGCGGAUAAAGUUCCACCAUUGGAGAAGUAAACAAUUUAUUCUUGUCUCUAUUUCAUUUGAUCGUAAAUGCUAUUCAUUUAUUCGUCCCUGGACUAGAGGACGAGUGGUUAUGCAGGUCUGAUGGCAACUGAUUAAGAAAGCAAUGAGAUGGACGAGGUGAGAGAGAAAACUCCGGAAUGGAAGGACCAGGCCACUCCUUGUGUGGAAUUAUUUCCAUUACCAUGUAGGACGGUCACGUGGACAAAAGAGAACAGCUUUUGCCACACUAAAGUUGAAAGUGGUUAAUUGUGACAAACUAGGGUGGCCACGUGCAAAGUUACUGGUGUUCUCGAUCCAUGAAGCCAAACAUCAGACACAUGGUUGACAUUAUUCCAAUGGAGUUUUUCUCACAUAGUAGACUGUGUUCAAUGCACCAUCUUACUGACAUUAGCUGUGAAUGUUUUACCUGCCAUCAGAUAAAGAUCAAAGUGAUACAAUUUACUUGCUCAAGAGUUAAAGAGCCAAACUUUUGUCAAGAAACAUGAGAGGUGCGGUAAUAAUUCACUUUUGACAGCGGCCAUCAUCUGACAUUUCGAAUGAGGAUCCCAUGUGUUAGUCCUCACCAGACGGAUUUCUCUCAUGGCAAGUGAACCUUUCACUCCAUUCACCGAUGUUUUACAGACGAAACAGGACAAAAUGACAGAGUAGAAGAACAACAACCUCGGAAAGUACAACUUUCAGUCAAGAGAAGGAGAACUUAGCCAAACAUUUCGUGAAAAAGGAGGCUAUACCAUUGCUCUAGUGUUCUUUCUUUGGAUCUCAGAACAUACUUCAGAGUCUUAGCUUUGGAUUUUUAUGUGAGCAAAGAAACACUUCUGAUUAAAAAAAAGAUAAAAUUUCGCUCCUUCAACAUUUCUUCGUUACUGUGUUUCCGACUAGCUUUUUUCAGUUUAGGAAAAAGAAUGUUUAAGACAUACUCAGUCUAUACUUUUAGACAUACUCAUUUCCAUCUCAUCACAACGGGACGAUCCAUUUCUGAAUUCGUUGACUUGGAAGCUAGUUGUGGCUGGGUGCAGUCUCUACCCUGGUCAUCCUACAGUGCAGGGAGGUGGGUGUUCGAGGGAAGUUUCGCGGGGGGAAGAGAUCCAUCAAACCGCCAGGUUUACCUUCACGGUCGCUCUCUACCCGUGUAUUGUACAUUUUUUCUCUCCUCUCCUGCACCCAGUGAUCACUUUCCCACCCCACCUUCAAGAAACCAGAAUGCUAGGUAUGCGAACGUGGGACUGCAGUGAUUAAUGCUGACAAUCAAAAAUAUGAUAAAUGAACAUUUGUGUAUGAAGUUUCUGGACACAUCCACAGUCAGUGGUUCAUGUCUCCUCAAGCCAAACACUGAUGUGUAUCUAAAUACAACCCUUGUGGUACAUCACUCCCCUUGUAUUGUCAGACCCUAAACUCUUGUCACUAACGACAACCCCCGUCUCCACUUGUUCCCUCCCUUUGCAUAUGUACUCUUCAUUGAUAACUACCUUCCUAUGUUGCUAAUCAUUUUUAGCAAAUCCUAUCCUUUAACCAUGCGCUGUGUUUGUCUAGUCAUAUACCUUACCUUUCACCUUUGGCCACAGUGCCAUUAACUCUCCAAUUCUUUCUGUUUGAAUUUCUACCUAAGGUAUAGCCUUCUGCCCUAGUCUUGCUGGUACUCCAUGCAACAGUGGGUGGCUACCCCUAUCAAUCUAUCUAAACAGUUCCAUGUACAAGUGGACCCAGGUCUUACUCGUACCCUGAUUAUUUCGAGUAGCCCUUACACCAAACAUGCUCAGGUCCUGUUUAUCAAAAUUCAGAAUCUUUGGGUCUAGAAAAGCAGCAAAGCCUAUUUGAAUUAAAUAUUGUAGUAUUCUACAAAAUUAUAUCUAUUUGAAUGCUAAUUAAACUAUUAAUUUAAAACUUUUAAAGUAAGUCGACAACAGCUGCAUUUCUUGAGCAUCUGGCCCAUGAGGCUGAGGGUGGGUUGAGGAGAGGAGGGUGUUUAAUCAUACUUCCACACCUGUCUUCAGGGCAGCCGUACACAUUCUUGCGACAUCACAGGUAAGGUUUCCUAUAAAAUGAGAAUGUCACAUUACUUAGGUUCUUUUUUUCCUUAACACAGAAGAGCGUAUUGAUCUCGACUCUUGCAACUCUUGUAAUGGCAUUUCCUGUUGAUGCAACCACUGCUGGACACUCCUUGAUGUCUUGAAAAGGAUUUUGCAAUAGCUUGGAAAAGUUGCAAAGUCUCACAGGAGCUACAGUUAAAAGGUGUCUGCAUAAUUUUACACUGCAAUUAAAGCAAAAAGUUUUGUCAUGGUGAAAUCUUUGACAUUGUAAUGAUCAUUAAAAAUGUCAGACACAAAUGAUGCAUUCAGUGUGAUGUGGACAACCACUUGCUUCCUUGUAGCUGCACAGUUGCUUUGUUAGGGUUGGAAAGUCUUUAUUAAAAUGUUUGAUAAAUCUGUCUAAUGUCUUUGUGCCAGUGUUUAUGUGGAUGUUACAGCGACAUCGCUGGCACUGAGCCCAGUCCCACAACACCACCAUGGACAGAAAGAAUCCUAUCAACAGUCCGACUUUCGGAUACAAACUAAUUGGUGAUACUCUUAUAAGAUUCCCCAGCAAACCAUCGUCUGAGGAACAGGCGGUAGAAAAUUUUUUAGUCUUUGGUAACUCAGAAACUGGAGUUUUAAAGAUAGCAUCUACAACGCCUGCUGAAGAGUUUCCACCCUAAUUUUUAAUACUACAAGCUUUUGCUUCCAGCAAUGUUUUUCCAGUUUCGCAAUCAGCAACAAGAUAGUAGCUGACUGGCAUUUCUUGAUACAAUCUUUCUCUCCUAGCUUCAGCAUCUCUCUCUCUCCACGGUGUCGUGUUUGAUUAAUACCACAGAUACCUGUCUCUGUUGCCGGAAAUCACAUCUCUCGCUCUCUCAUCUGUCCUUUAUCUCAGAAACAGGAGAUCGUGGUUGGAGUCCACUGCUCAUUCCUGACUUGACUACGAUGUGGUUUGUUCUAAAAGACAACAUAAAAGAUGCUUGAUAGAGCACUCCCCAGUUGUUUAGAUUGGCAUUUUGCACAGUGUACUUCAUUAUCCGUUCAAUUAAUCGAGUUGACCCCUAACCCUUUCUCCACUACAACUAAACAAUGCUCUUCUCCUCAGAAACACUCGUUUUAUUGUAUGUACAGCGUUACAAUACUUUUGUUGUCAUCUGUCUGAUGAUACGGUUUGUAAUCAUUUCUCCUACAACACACUUUUCUGUCGUCUGUCUUCAUCAAUGUCUGUCCGACAGUACACUGUAGUCUACUCACAAUUCUCUUUGUCAUCGGCUUCUGGCAAUACCUUUGUCAUCAAAGAUUGCCGGGUAUCUCUGGCUGUCAUAGCAACCCAUCUUCUUUAAUCUGUUUACAAUGUUUGUCUCUGUAUGUGCAAAUGCAUGAAUAUGCGUGGAAGACAAGCAGGAAGAUGUUACAAGAGGAAGAGAAAGAAACGAAAACAUAAAUUGAGGAAAUUGUAUUCUCUAUGUUGUUUCUUAAAUGUUUCGACACUUGACUGGUUGUGUCAUAUUAAAAUAUUUUAUUUUUGUUUCAUUCAGCGCAUUGUUGUGAAUAUGUUGCUAAUGGCGAUGAUAUUGUAUACUCUGUUAAAUUAUUUGUUGUUACUUGCCUUGAAAACUGUAAUAUAAUACAGUGUCCAGGUUGCUGUCCUUUCCGUGGCCAGCUUGUAAAUGAAAAUUGUUUCCUGUCAUUUCGUUGCAUGUGUCGUAAAACUAAUUGUAGUUUUGUGAGUGAUAUUCCUUGCACGAUGUGUCUUUAUGUAAGAUUCAUAUCAAAUCCAUGUGAUGACAGAUUGUAUAACAGUAAAAUAAACAUCGUCUCUCACCGUA